AUCCCAUCGAUCCCACCGGAGGCGGAGUGGGGGGGGGACACAAAACAACCUUUUCCCCCCCUAGUUUUGAGGCCCACUCUCGUUCGCCCCUCCCGGCUGCGACCCCAGCGCCCGGGGGUGCUGCGGGGGGCGGGGGAAGCGCCCCUGCACACCCCCCGCCCCCAAAAUAAAAAACCCAAAACCCCAAACUUUCUUUGAGAAAGUGCAAAUAAACCACGGGGUGGGGGGGGCGGGGGUGGGCGCGUGCCAAGGGAGGAGGAGGAGGAGGAGGAGGAGGAGGAGGGCAGGACAGGACAGCCGGGCACGGGCAGCACCCGCCCCGCGCUCCCGCAGCACCGGCAGAGCCCCGCAGGCUCCGGGGGGGGACCCCCGACCCCCCCAAAAAGGGGCCAUGGGCAUCCAGGGCAUGGAGCUGUGCGCCGUGGCCGUGGUCAUCCUCCUCUUCAUCGCCGUCCUCAAGCAGUUCGGCAUCCUGGAGCCCAUCUCUGUGGAAGACAGCGGCGAUGCCGACGUGGAGCUCCCGACCACCCGGCACCAGCCCGAGGGGCUGGAGCAGCUCCUGGCUCGCACCAAGUUCACCAAGACCGAGCUUCAGUCCCUCUACCGUGGCUUCAAGAAUGAAUGUCCCAGCGGCCUCGUGGAUGAGGAAACCUUCACACUCAUCUACUCGCGGUUCUUCCCUCAAGGCGAUGCCAGCUCCUACGCCCACUUCUUGUUCAACGCCUUCGACGCCGACCGCAACGGGGCUCUCUGCUUCCAGGAUUUCGCCGUGGGGCUCUCGGUGCUGCUGCGGGGGACGGAGCAGCAGAAGCUGAAGUGGACGUUUGACCUCUACGACGUGAACAAGGACGGCUACAUCACCAAGGAGGACAUGCUGGAGAUCAUGAAGUCCAUCUAUGCCAUGAUGGGCCGCUGCACCGAGCCCGCCCUGGGGGCCAGCGUGCCGGCACAGCACGUGGAGCUCUUCUUCCAGAAGAUGGACAGGAACAGGGAUGGCGUGGUGACCUUCGAGGAGUUCCUGGCCACGUGCCAGGAGGACAAGGACAUCAUGAGCUCCAUGCAGAUCUUCCACAACGUGCUCUAGACCCUGCCCCCCCCCGGAGUUUUUCUACUGUUUCAGACAAACAAGAAGUUCAAAGGCAGGAGAAAUCCAGAGUGUGGCUCCCAGAGAUGGGACAGGACAAGGACAAGGACAAGGACAAGGACAAGGACAAGGACAAGGACAAGGACCCCCAGGCACGGUGCUGCCACCUGCCACAGACCCAUUUUGGGGGCUGAGCCUCCCCUCGACACCGACCCCCCCUUGGCGGUGCAGGGACCUGACACAGCACAAACCCCGGGGUGGGGACCCCCGGGACAUGGGGACCCUCAGAGAUGGGACCCCCCGGGCGUGGGGGUCUCCGUAUGGCAGCCACGAAACUGAGCCCCCAAAGAGCACCCGAAAGCACAGCCCCUCCUCCCCCGGCAGCGCGGGGAGGGGGGAUUUUAUAAAUAAACCGAAUGGUGACGAUUUAGGGGUGAAACGGAGUCAAGAGGGAUGUGCACUGUCCCGCUCCUUGUCCCGCUCCCUGUCCCUGCCCAUGGCCCAGUCCCGUUCCCAUUCCCAGUUCCUGUCCCGCUCCCAGUCCUGUUCCCCGUGCCUCCUCCAGUCCCUGUCCUUGUCCAGUCCGAACUCCCGUGCCUCUCCCAGACCCAUUCCCGGUCCCGUUCCCAUUCCAGGUCUCG